AUGCAGCUAUUCUCAGCCCUUCUGCCCACUGUGGGCUUGUUAGCGCAGGUAUCUUCCGCUGCAUACACCCUACGCGAUGACUAUGGUACCACCGACUCGUUUUUUGACAAGUUCAACUUCUACACGGACACUGACCCCACUAAUGGUUUUGUGAGCUAUGUCGACCGGAACACCGCAUCGGGCAAUGGUCUCCUCGACACGAGCAACGGCAUCUACAUCGGCGUUGACCACUCCAACACCGCCAGUACGCCUGGCCGCCAGAGCGUCCGCCUGGAAAGUACCACUACCUACAAACAUGGUCUUGUUAUUCUCGAUCUGGCACAUAUGCCUAGCAGCACAUGUGGCACCUGGCCCGCCUUCUGGAUGCUCGGUUCUAACUGGCCCAAUAACGGCGAAAUCGACAUAAUCGAAGGCGUAAAUGAGCAAACCCAAAAUCAAAUGGCCCUGCACACCAGCGACGGCUGCACUAUCAACAACGGCGGCUUCACAGGAACCCUCGACACAGCGAACUGUUACGUCCAAGCCAGCGGCCAAUCCUCAAAUAGUGGCUGCUCAAUCCAAAGCGACAGCACCCAGUCCUACGGCACAGGCUUCAACAACGUUGGAGGCGGCGUCUACGCCACCGAAUGGACCGGCUCCGCCAUAUCAGUCUGGUUCUUCCCCUCCAACGCCGUGCCGGCUGAUAUUUCAUCGGGAACUCCAAACCCGGCGGGCUGGGGCACGCCCACAGCACUCUUUUCCGGUGGCUGCGACAUCGACUCGCAUUUCAACGAUCUGCAGAUCGUGUUCGAUAUUACCUUCUGUGGAGACUGGGCGGGCUCGGUUUGGGGUUCGUCGAGUUGUGCCAGUUAUGCCGCAUCGUGUGUCGACUUCGUACAGAAUAAUCCCACGGCUUUCCAGGAGACAUACUGGAGUGUGCGGUCGCUUAAGGUAUAUCAGGACUUGACUAGCUCCACGAGUGGUGCUGAGGGUGACGAUGAGGAGGUGGAUGCUGAUUGGAAUUCUACGGCGUCGUACGAGCGCUCUGUGCCUAGGAGUUCUAUGAGGCAUCGCCGGCAGCCCAAUCAUCAUAGGCAUGGCCAUGCUUAG